AUGUCUGAUUUGAGUGCGGGGUCCGGGGAGUGGUGGCAGAUGCUCGUUGAUGAGGCUAAGGCGGCGUAUGAAAAGUGGUCGAGCGCUCCUGCGAUUGAGCGCGCAGGGAUAAAGGCCAUUCCAAGCCUGCGUCUUCAGGACCAGCGAUAUGUGCGUUUGGAGUCAAGGGCAUUUUCAAUGAUCCACUCAAGUUUGCCCAGAAGCAUCAAAGAAGAAUUGUUGGCCACGCGUUCCUUAACAUGUCUUGAUGCGUUGUUUGUGAUUCUGAAGACUUUUCAGCCGGGUGGGCUAGCUGAGAGAUCUAGGUUGUUGGAUGCGCUAAGUAAGCCGGGCAACGGAGCAAACCCUCGCGAUCUCGUUGAUAAACUUCGUGCUUGGAGUCGUCACGUCGUGCGCGCAACAUCCAUGGGAGUGACAAUCCCGGAUCCCUCAAUCUUGAUGAAAGGUUUGGACAGCCUCAGUCACAAUUUGCUAGGCCGCUACCCUCAAGUGAACUUUCGAAUGUCAGUGGUUCGAACUAGAUUGGCCAUUGACCAUUCGCCCACUGAAGCGAAUGUGAAGGAGUACGCUGAGGCCCUCCAAUCUGAGUUUUCCAUGUUAGCGAUUUCCGCUCCUGAAGAUCAAAGUCAAAAGCCUCCUAGGGUCGCUAAGCUGACUGGCGAGGAGGACCCUAAAGGUAAAGGAAAAGGGAAAGAUAAGAAAAAGGGGAAACCUUGUGGGUUUUGGUUUACGCAGCAAGGCUGCAAAAUGGGACAAAAGUGUGGGUUCCGCCACGACCAAGCGGUAACGAUUCAGAGUGGUCGUUGCUUCAGGUGUUCUGGUGAAGGGCACCGCAAAGAAGCCUGCCCCCAUGCGGAUCCCAGUGAAAAGGGUGAAGCAACUAAGGAGGAGUCGCAGGCGCUGGCCGGAAAGGCUAAGGGAAAGGCGAGCAUCAAGAAAACUGGUGUGAGCCAAGGUUCGGGGGAGGGCGAGGGUGCUGCAGAAUCUUCGGUUUCCCAGAGCCAGGGAGGGGCGCAGGCAGCGCUGCUCCGAGAGGCCACUGAGGCCCUCAAGAAGAUAGCCCUAAAGGCGAUGCGGGAAGCACGGGAGGCCUUGGGGAGCGAUCGGGGUGUUCCGGGUGAGGGGCAUGAUCGUUGGGUUGGGGACGGGCGAGUCCGGUUUGAGGACUUGGCGGAAGGACCUCAGCUUAGGGCAGUAGUCUGUGACGAUCAGGCUAAGGGGUUACUUGACAGUGGUGCCUCAGUAUGUAUGCGCCAGGCUAAGCCGGGGGAACUCGACUGUUGUGGUCGCCGGUUGGUCAACCUGGCAGUGGGUUCGGAGAUGAUGUACAUUAACGGAACAGGUACGAUAGUCCGCCCGGGUCCGGUAGCACCUAUUGUUUCGAUGGCGUUGCUGGUCAGGGCAGGUUACAAACUGCGUUGGGUGGGUGACUCGGGCUUGGAGUUGAAGGACAAGAAGGGACGUCGUGUGCCAGUAGACAUGUCCUCGGGUUGCCCGGAGGUGCCUAAAGCAUGGGCGCUGAGUAUGAUUGAGGAGAUUGAACAGGUUUGCGGGACGUCACGCCCCAAGAUCCCCAGGAACUUCUGA